ACACACUAUUCUUAAUUUUCUUCUCGGCGCCGUCCUAUGCCGGGAACUUCGUAUCGCUACUACAUAAAUGUGGUCUAAAUUUCUGAAGCCGCCGACGUCACCCAUGGCCGCAGUUGAUCUCACCACUAACAAUUCAGUUCAUUUCAACACUGGUUUCCUUCCAUUGCAUCUGUCGAUGUCAUCCGCGUCUGUGUCUGUCGAUCCUUCGAUCGAUCAGACAGGAUAUCGGACAUCUUUUGUGCCUGAAACGCAGAACUGCAAUGGAGAACCACAAACCGGCAAACCGUACAAAUGCCCCGAUUGCGGCAAGAGCCUGUCCUAUCAAUACUCCCUGAAUCGCCAUCGCAAAACUGUUUGCCGUAAACCUCGCAACAUCACCGGCAAAUAUAAUUGUAAUGAUUGCGAUAAAAGGUACAAAUCCCAGGGGAGCCUAUCUCGUCAUCAUAAAUUCGAAUGUCGCGUGCCUCGCCAGUUUUCUUGCAUCUUCUGCGUCAAUGAAAGAAAAUUCACCCAACAAUCCAGUUUGAGCAGGCAUCUGAAGAACAAGCACCCCGAAGAAGUUGCCAACGAUACCGUUGAUAGAUUCGUCAAAGUAGUUCCACAACUAAGCUACAUUAAAAGCAACAAUCUGCAUAAGCGUGAUCGAAGAAGGCAAUAUAUCCCGAGCAUCUGAAAUAAUGCUCCUACAUUUAUUCUUGCCAAAAAAUCUAUAAAUCAAGUAAAAGAAGAACAUGAGAUGAUUGUGUUAUAUAAUCAGAGACAAAAUGAUAAUCAGUAGUUGCUGUGGUUUUUUUUUUUAUGAAGAACAGUCUA